CGCGGCGCGAGGCCCGGCCCGUGCGGCGGGAAGCGCCCUGGGGCUGGGCGGGGGGGGCGGGUGGGUUGCGGACCGAACCCCCUGGGUGUGAGGAGCCCGGACGGACAGACAGACAGACGGACGGAGUGAGAGGAUGUGAAGAUGGCGGAGCUGCAGAUGCUGCUGGAGGAGGAGAUCCCGGGGGGGCGCCGGGCCCUGUUCGACAGCUACACGAACCUCGAGCGGGUGGCCGAGUACUGCGAGACCAACUACAUCCAGUCAGCAGAUAAGCAGCGAGCCCUGGAAGAAACCAAAGCCUACACAACGCAGUCGUUAGCAAGCGUAGCCUAUCUGAUCAACACUUUGGCCAACAAUGUUCUCCAGAUGCUGGAUAUCCAGGCAUCCCAGCUUCGACGCAUGGAAUCUUCAAUCAACCAUAUUUCACAAACGGUGGACAUUCACAAAGAGAAAGUUGCUAGAAGAGAAAUUGGUAUCUUGACUACAAACAAAAACACCUCAAGAACUCACAAAAUCAUUGCACCAGCUAACUUGGAGCGACCAGUUCGCUACAUCAGGAAACCUAUUGAUUAUACAAUUCUAGAUGAUAUUGGACAUGGAGUGAAGUGGUUGCUUAGAUUUAAGGUCAGCACACAGAAUAUGAAGAUGGGUGGGCUGCCUCGUACAACACCACCCACCCAGAAGCCACCAAGUCCACCCAUGUCAGGAAAAGGAACCAUUGGGCGUCACUCUCCCUACCGUACGUUGGAGCCGGUACGUCCUCCGGUGGUCCCCAACGACUACGUGCCUAGUCCAACGCGCAAUAUGGCUCCGUCUCAGCAGAGCCCUGUUAGAACCGCUUCUGUGAACCAGAGGAAUCGCACAUACAGCAGCAGUGGCAGUAGCGGAGGGAGCCACCCGAGCAGUCGAAGCAGCAGUCGAGAGAACAGUGGCAGUGGAAGUGUGGGUGUUCCUAUUGCUGUUCCCACACCAUCUCCUCCCAGUGUCUAUCCAGCCCCAGCUGGCUCGGCUGGCACUUCUCCCCUUCCUGCUACCUCUGCUCCUGCCCCCGCUCCUCCUGCUCCUGCCCCUUCCUGCGCUGCCCCAGACGCUGCGGCUGCUGCUGCGGGAGCGCAGCCCCUUGCUGAUGGCUUCACCUCUCCAACUCCCCCCGCCGCUUCCUCCACACCCUCAGCAGGUCACCCAGUUCAGUUCUACAGCAUGAACAGGCCUGCGUCUCGACACACCCCCCCAACAAUAGGGGGAUCUUUGCCAUAUCGGCGUCCUCCUUCGAUCACAUCACAGACAAGCCUUCAGAACCAGAUGAACGGAGGGCCGUUUUAUAACCAGAACCCAGCCUCCCUUGCUCCUCCUCCCCCCUCCAUCCUACAGGUAACUCCACAGUUACCACUAAUGGGAUUUGUGGCCAGAGUUCAAGAAAACAUUUCAGAUACUCCUCCGCCCCCACCGCCUGUGGAUGAGACGGUGUUUGAUGAAUCUCCACCUCCACCCCCACCUCCCGAGGAUUACGAGGAGGAGGAGGCAGCUGUGGUGGAGUACAGUGAUCCAUACGCUGAGGAGGACCCUCCUUGGGCACCAAGGACCUACUUAGAAAAGGUGGUGGCGAUCUAUGACUACACAAAGGACAAAGAAGACGAGCUCUCGUUUCAAGAAGGUGCCAUCAUUUAUGUCAUCAAGAAAAACGAUGACGGCUGGUAUGAGGGUGUCAUGAAUGGAGUGACAGGGCUCUUCCCAGGGAACUAUGUGGAGUCGAUCAUGCAUUACUCGGAGUGAAGACCAGAGGACAGAACACCACAUCUCCUGCUGCAGGAACUGUCAGGGCUUCCCAGAUCUCCACCAGCCUCUGGGGCCCCAUCCAGUAUAACUGAAUGAAGGAUAAUUGUAACAACCACUCUUUUUUUUUUUUUUUUUUCCUCAUUAUAGAACAAUAGUGAUUUGAGUUGUUUGAACAAGCGGCUCUUCCAGCUGCCAGCAGAGGCUAUCCUGAGCCAUCUGAUGUUGAAUUAAGCUGACCCAUUCAGAUGUAACAAACUCAUUGAGUAGCUGAUACUUCACUCAAAUUCUGACUUCUUCUGACAGGCUUUGAGAUCUGUCUCAGGAAUCCUCUGUGCCAUCCUGGUACCACCCUUGGCAGCAGUGCCUGGUGCUUGGGAUGUCCUGGAUGCUUGCGGUGAAGGGUUACUGGCCAGUGCACAUCCCUCCUGUUUCUACACUACGCUCCUGUGCAGCUGGAAGAACAGUCGUGUGCUAGCAAAUGCUGGGAUUGCUACACAGAGCCGUUCCUGUAACUGACUUCCAGAGAGCUGGAUACAUCUUUAGCAUAAACACUUCUGCAGCUGCUCAGCAUAUGUAGGCUGACACGGGCACACAGAGCUGGCUUUCAUUCACUCACGUUUCGGUUUAGACAAUAGAGAUGGCUGCAGCCCAGGGGACCCCCAGCCCCGUUUCCUCAUCUGUUGAUGCCACUGAUUUGUUUUGUGUUCUGCACUGAUGUAAAUGUGCUCUUCUCCACAGUGAGCUACUGGCCAUGGGUGCUGCUGGUUUAAACAGAACUCACAGAUGCCGUUGACAGUGAACGCGAAACAAAGUUUACAGGUCCUCCUGGGGUCUGAGCAUAAACUCUAGGGGCUGUGAUCUAAGGUUCAAAUCUAUUCACACCUGCUUGCACUAGAGGAACUUACCCCCAACUUUAGUCUUAUGCACAAUAUAAUCUUAAAAAAAUCCAAUCAGGUAUUGUAAAUUGGCUAUUUUGUACUUGAUGACUAGAUUUGCAUAUGUACUGUGAGAGCCCUGUGCAGAGGCAGGACAAACGGCAAUUGUCGUCUUCAUGUCUGAUGCCAAAAUCUCUUCAGUGGAAGUAAAAAGGGCUGUUGUGUGUACUGGUUUCCCAUGGAAAUCCAAGCAGUAACUAGUAGUAGUUGUCCUAGCUCUUCUCCCAGCCCUCUCCAUUGAUUAUUAUAAAGAAAUAGAUAUUUUGAGCUGUACCGGUGGAUCUGGGGUGGAGUAAUACCAAGUGAAGAAGGCUCUGUAGCUCCUUGUGUUGAUAAUUUGCUUUUUAUUAAUAAUCUAGACUCAGUUAAAAAUGCUGCUUGGUGAUGGCUGUUCUAGUCUGCCCCUAGUAAGGACUAAACCUUAUAUUUGGGUAAAUGUGAUGCAUUAACAGAGUGAACUGAUUAAAUUUCCUGUUGCGGCCCUGUUAGCCCACAAAUGGAGCUGACCUGUGUGGUGUGAGCGCCUCCUGGGCCAGGGCACCUUCUGGGACAGCUCUGGAGUGUCUCCUGGCCAAGUUCCAGCCUGUACCAACAGUAGCUUGUCAAAGGUGAGAGAACGCUGCAGCUGUCUGCUCUGGCCUGUGCGUAAAACAGAGCAGUGCACAAGAGACCGCUACUGGAGCUGGGUCUGCGAUGGUAUUGGCAAUGAUACAGGUAAUUGGCGCCAAUCCCCUUGCUUGAUAAUUAGUGCCGUAUCAGGAUGGAGGUGUGAGUUGGGUGCACAUCUGGGCAGGAAGGGACCGUAGCUGCCCGAGGGGGAAGAACAAGGAAACAAACAGGUGAGGUGUGUUUGUGAGAUGUGGAUGAACAUGAUCUCCUGCUGUGAGCUUGUGGAAGAGUGCGCUGACUCCUGUGACGGUGCAGAGAGAAUGAGUUUGGUUGAAGCCUACAGGAGGUACAACUGGUGCAAAGAUAGAGGUUCAUUUCUCCCCGCUUGGUUCACAGCCGUGUAGCCAAGACGCUGUUUUCUUCCUGCAAAACCUUGAAAGUGGCAUGUGUGAAGCUCCUUAAAGAACUGGUGUUGGUCUGAUGGGGUUAGUUUGGUUCCUGCUGAUAGCAUGUGGAAUUGUUUAUCCUGCAAGAGAUGCUGAGGAUGGAAUUUCUGGGUCACCUUCUGCUGGUUUUAUGCUUUAUUAUGUACUACUAAUGUAAAGUAAUUUGUUGAGCUUUAUGCAUAUUUUUUAUUUUGUACAGAUUUAAAUUCUGUGGCUUGUUUGGGGAUGAUGUGAUGUAAUGGUCAUAGACCAGGCCAAGGUAAACAGGCACUGUAUAUUAAUGUUACAUAGAUUGCAUGCUAGUGAGGGUUGUGUUUCCAGUUUUGUCCCUUGUUCUCUCCAAAACCACCUUCUCCUCUUCUCUUUUUAAUUUACAUGUUUACUUUAAAAGGGGGCGGAGAAGGAGAGUUGGGAAGCAACACCUCAGUAUUUCUAAUAGGCGCACAACAUCACUGAGUUCUGCUGCUACAGCUGAAGGUGUUCAGCAUCACAGGCUGUCGAAUCAGCGGUGUGGAUGCGUGAGAGAUAGGGGAAGGAAACACUCCAGAACAGGCCAAAGAGUGCUGUAUGGCCAAAACGAGUAAGUUUCUCACUUUGUGAGAGCUGCCUUAGCCCAGCCAGCUGUUUUCAUUGUGCACAGAAAGCGGUGAGCAUCCUCUAACACUGUUCUUUGCUUUGGUUUGCUGUAGCAGAAACUUUUCCUUGCUCUUGGCACGAGGGACAAAGCUGUUAACUACAGCUGCGUCUCUGCUAUGUGCCUGCAUGAAAGGAGGGCUGGCUGACUCUGUCCCCAUCUAUUAUAGGUACAGAGCAGGUUAUUUUGGUGCCUUCAUUCCAGCUUGACAGGGAUGGCUGCAGUUGCAUCGUUCUUGUUUUCCUUCCAACCCCUUCUUUUUUUUUUUUCUUUUCUUCUUCUACCAUGCCUUCAGCUGCUUUGUUUCUCUCACUGGCUUUUGCAGCAGAGGGUUGAGAGGGGCAGGAGAGGCAAGCUGCAAAUUCUGCUCUCGCAAGGACAAGAGGUCAGCAUGGCUCCAGGGCUAGAUGGCAGAACUUGCUGUGUGUUCUGAGGAUGCUGACUGUGUUCCUGGGACUCAGCUUGCCCCUGUGGUUAGUUGUUUCCUGACGGGCUGGAGAGUGCAGUUCAUUUGAACCACAGCUUCCCAGUCCCAGUGCUCUGUGGCUUACCAGACAGGCUUAGACCCAGCUACUUCUUGCUAGAGCAGUUUGUUCUCCUUUCACAGCUCUUGGGCAUGUUCUUUGCUGAUGAGAGUUCUUGGUAACAGGCAAAGUUGACAUUGGCCAUGAUGCAGCUUCUGAAAAGUGGCACUUUUAUCUGGGCCAUUUCAGAUGGUCAUGAACUCCUUUUUUGGCAGAAGGUAGGCUGCUGGCUUGGUGUGUAUGUGCACAUAGUUGACUGCACGUGGAAGAUGGUUGUGCAGUGAUGCAACCCGUUGUGCUUCUGUGGUGUCUCCCACCUGUGCCUGAUGGUGAUUUAAUGCUGUGCUCUUCUCAGCAACUUCUCCUGCCUUCAAGCAAGUGCUGCAGAUGUGCCUCUGCUAGAAGUGAGCUCUCUUUUGAUUAGUUAUGUGUCUGGGCUUCAGGGAUAAAUCAAAAGCAAAACUUGCAUCAUCUUUUCCUUUCUGGAAAGGUAGGGACUUUACAUGGAUUGGUAAACUGGAGACCAUUCAGAGGGCUUCUCCUCCCAGUGGUGGGAUGGGACAUCUUGUGCAACAGGUGGUGUCUGUAUUCUCUGCAGGACAACUUGCUGGAAGCUGCUAGAGAAUUCUGUUGGAAAGACCAUGGCACUGUGGCUCCUACUUGCAUUGAGCAUGGAGUCACUGGCUGAGCACUGCAGCCUAUCAGGAAGCAUUACAAACCUGCACCAAGACUCCUGCUCCUCUGUUGACAACAGUAGCAGUGAGAAAUGUACAGAGCUUUUGCAUUCACUAAGGCAAGUAUUUACAACUCUCCUCUCUAGAGAAGACGGUGGCAUAAAUUGAGCCCUAGCAGUUAGAUGAUGGACUACAGCUUAUGGGGCAUCACCUUCAGGAAUCUCAGUAUUACGCACUGCCACAUUUUGUGGAUAAAAUGGUAUUUACACAGAGGCCAGAAUAGUGCAAGAAGGGAACAGUUUGUGAUGGUUGUUUCUUGCUGUGUGUUUUGUUUUUUUCUCCUCCUCCCAGUAGCUGCAGCCAGUGUGUAAUAACAGUCCCAUUGCUGUACUUUUGAUUUUGAAGCUGCAAGAACAGUGGGCCUCCCAGCUCAUGUCCAUGGGAUGGUUACUGAAAGCUUGAUGUGGCCAAGGUUUGCCAGCUGCUGUUACAAAGAAUACUUCACAGACCAUGGUGUUUCUGCUGCUUUCAUUCAAACAAAACCCACCCCUGUGUUUUGUGCAAUCUCCUGCCCAUGCAGGAAGUGUUUUUCUUUGGUACUCUAAACAUACUAAUUAUUUUAUUAGCACCUUUACAAGCUGUAUUACAAACCAGUACAGUCAGCAGCAGCCUGUUGUGCAGAGGUAAGCCUACAUCCAGCAUCCUGCUGAACAUCAGCGUGGUGACUCUGCUGAAACGUCUGCAGUACAUUUGUUCCUGUUUCUCUUAACACCUCCUAAGAAUCCUACCACUAUUGACUAAUGAGGAAGAGCUGUGUACAAAUUCAUUUCCAUUACAGCACCUUGCUAAGUGCUGACAUGUCCGAGAUAUUUUUUUUUUGUAAAGACCAAGUGCUUCUUUUCACAUUUGAAAAAGUGUCUUCUGCAACUUGCAUGGACAAGUAGUUUCUAUGAAUUUGCUGGAGAUGUCAGUGUCUAACAUGGAUUUUGUCCAUGCACUUCUUUCUGAAAGCAGAUACCCCCACUUUGGUUUGCAGUCAGUGGAGAAGCACUCUGUGCUUUUGCUAUUGGCACUGCUGCUGCAGUGGAUGAGUGCAGAGCCCACUGUAAAUGACCAAGCUUGCAGGACUCUGGGGAGCUGUAUGCCGCCAGUAACGUUUUAUUGUGUGUGCCAUUUGAACCACCUUCCAGUGAGUGCAAAACCCAAUUUUUAAAUUUUUUUAAUUGUACUUGGAAUUAACUGUUGCUGUGUACUAAACCCUCUUGUUACAAGCCCUAAAUAAAAAGAACAAAGCACA